CGAACUAAAAACAAGUUACGCUUUUACAAACUAACUUAUUAUUAAUAUGAUUUUUAUUCUUUGUUUAUUUUUCACAACGACAGUAGCAAUUAUUUGCAAGGAUCCUAAUGAAAUAGUUUCUCCAUACGCAUGGGAUUCCACUUGUCAAAUGACAUGUGGCUAUUAUUUUGGGACAGAAAUUUUUAAACCCUGUGAUUUGAAAAUAAGUAUAAAUUGCAUUUGUAAAAAAGGAUAUUUAAGAAUAAGACCCGAAGGAAAAUUUAUUAUUCAGUAGUGUAAAAUUCUAUUUUGAUAACGAAACUUCAUCAGUUUGAAACUAAUUAUAUAAAUUACAAGUGAAAAUAUGAUUGUUGAACUUUAUUUUUGUUUUCUUUUGACAAAAAUAAUGGGAAAUACGGAAAUUCUAACAGAACAUGGAAAGUGUUUGGAUCCACAUGAAAUAUAUUCAGAAUAUGGUCAACAUCCAAUUUGCGAUGUUACAUGUGAUAUUUAUCAUGGAAAAGCUGAACCAAAUAUUUGCCCAUUGGUUUUUGUUCAACGUUGCAUUUGUUCUCAAGGUUAUUUAAGAAAUAUUUUAGAUGGUAAUUGCAUUAGACCCGAUGAAUGUCCCGACGUGUAAAAUAAUUAAUUAUAAUAUUACACAAUUACAAUAAAUUUUUAAAAAUUGAAAA